AUGCUUUUUUGGCUCAAUGUUCUGCUACGAGAAGCUUUUCAGGUCACAGCUGUCACCCUGGACCCAUGUUCUGCCUACAACAGCCUGAAUGAACCAUGGAGGAACACAGAGUAUCACAUCAACCAGUCCGGAGUGACUCUCUGCGAUAGCCACAUGUCCGGGGAGUGGUAUCGCUUCACAGGAAUGGCGGGGGACGCCAUGCCCACCUUCUGCAUCUCUGAGAACCACUGCGGCACCCACGCUCCUAUCUGGCUCAAUGGCAGCCACCCUCAGCCACAGGAAGGCAUCGUCACUCUGCCAGUGUGCGCCAGUUUUGGGGACGACUGCUGCCACUGGAAUGCCAGAGUGGACGUGAAGGCCUGCACUGGGGGCUACUUUGUCUAUCGCCUGCCCAGACCUUCAGUUUGCUUCCAUGUCUACUGUGGUCAUUUCUAUGACAUCUGUGAUGACGUUCCAUGUGCCGGUUCAAGAUGUCCUGAGUCGGAAUGUCGCUGUGCUCCUGGAACAGUUCUGGGUCCAGACGGACAAACGUGCCUGGAUGUGAACGAGUGUGAGAAGGCCAACGGUGGCUGUGCAGAGGUCUGCGUCAACACCAAAGGAUCCAGACGGUGUGAGUGCGGUCCGGGUCGAGUGCUGGAUGAAGCCGGGCUCAACUGUCGAGAGAUGGCAGGCUGCCAUGUAAACAAUGGAGGCUGCAGCCAUGGCUGCUCGUCACUGCACGACUCCUACCGGUGUCACUGUCCUCGAGGACUGCAACUGAGCUAUGACUUACAUACAUGUCAGGUGCCAGUCGAGUGCAAUCCCGGCUCCAUCAUAGUGUCAGUACCGAAGGACAUUGUUGGAGGAUUGGACCUCUUUCUUUCCAACUCAUCAUGUCGGGGUAUCUCUAAUGGCACACAUAUCAACCUGAACUUCAGUCUCAAGACAUGUGGCACUGCUGUAGAGGUGACAGAUGACAAGAUAGUGGCAACCAACCUGGUGACAGGUCUUCCCAGGGCCAACCCGGGUAGCAGCAAUGACCUGAUAGUGCGCACCAGUAAGUUAAUGUUGCCAAUCACCUGUGAGUUUCCCAGGGAGUACCAAGUGUCUGAUGGAUACCAGGCAAGUCAGCGCAGCUCAGCCUUGGAGCUGGCCGGCCACAGCGAGGGAGUCUUCCCCUUCUCGCUGGAGCUCUUCAAGAACUCUGAGUUCUCGGAGCCUUACCGCACGCCGCCUCAUCUGAGCCUUCACGACUCCCUCUUCUUCGGGGUCGAGCCCAAAGAGAGAGUGGAGGGCCUUUCUGCCCUGGUAGAGAGCUGCUUUGCAACACCAGGGCCCAAAGCUGACCAGGCCCUAAAGUAUUACCUCAUCAAAGAUGGAUGUAUUUCGGAUGAAACAGUUACUCAGCACUCAUCCAAGGACCAACUCUCCAAGCACUACCAGGUCCCUGUCUUCAAGUUCAUUGGCAAGGAGAACCGGCAGGUCUUCCUCCACUGCCAGGUGUUGGUGUGCGGCGUGGGAGAGUCUCGUUGCGCUCUGCCUUGUCGGGGACGUGUCCGUCGUGGCGCCCCAUCACAGGAGCAGCACACAUUGAGCGGGGGCCCCAUCUUCAUCCUGCCCGAGCCGAGCAGCCAGACGGAUUCAAAUUCAAGAGAUGUGUUGCAAUCACAGACAUUUAAUUGA